CUCUCCCAGAGCCCAGACGAGGCAGUGGAAGCAGCGGAGGCAGGGGCGGCAGGAGUAAGUGAUCGGGAGCAGGACUGGGGACAGGCCCUACUGCCCCUGCGGGACCAGAGCCUUCGCAGCCCCCACGAUGCCGAGCUCUCCGCCCCUGCGGCUGCUGCUGCUGCGGCUGCUGUCGCUGUCCGGGCUGCUGCUCCGGAGGGCGGAGGCAGGCUCUGAGGGGCACACGGCCGGGGAGCUGUACCAGCGCUGGGAACGGUACCGCAGGGAGUGCCGGGAGACCUUAGAGGCCGCGGAGCCACCCUCAGGCCUGGCCUGUAACGGAUCCUUCGAUAUGUACGUCUGCUGGGACUCUGCUACACCCAAUGCCACUGCCCGUGCCUCCUGCCCCUGGUACCUGCCCUGGCACCGCCACGUGGCUGCAGGCUUCGUCCUCCGCCAGUGUGGCAGUGAUGGCCAGUGGGGACCUUGGAGAGACCAUACCCAGUGUGAGAACCCAGAGAAGAAUGGGUCCUUUCAGGACCAAAAGCUGAUCUUGGAGCGGCUACAGGUGGUGUAUACCGUCGGCUACUCCCUGUCCCUUGCCACGCUGCUGCUAGCCCUGCUCAUCUUGAGUUUCUUCAGGCGGCUACGCUGCACUCGAAACUACAUCCACAUCAACCUGUUCACGUCUUUCAUGCUGCGGGCGGCAGCCAUCCUCACUCGAGACCGUCUGCUACCUCCACCUGGCCCCUACCCUGGGGACCAGGCCCCUACCCUGUGGAACCAGGCCCUAGCUGCCUGCCGCACAGCCCAGAUCGUGACCCAGUACUGUGUGGGUGCCAACUACACGUGGCUGCUGGUGGAGGGUGUCUACCUGCACAGCCUCCUGGUGCUCAUGGGAAGCUCCGAGGAGGACCACUUCCGCUGCUACCUGCUCCUUGGUUGGGGGGCCCCCACGCUUUUCGUCAUUCCCUGGGUGAUCGUCAGGUACCUGCACGAGAACACGCAGUGCUGGGAGCGAAACGAAGUCAAGGCCAUUUGGUGGAUCAUACGCACCCCCAUUCUCACGACCAUCUUGAUUAACUUCCUCAUCUUUAUCCGCAUUCUUGGCAUCCUUUUGUCUAAGCUGAGGACACAGCAGAUGCGCUGCCCAGACUACAGGCUGAGGUUGGCUCGCUCAACGCUGACGCUGGUGCCCCUGCUGGGUGUCCACGAGGUGGUGUUUGCUCCGUUGACAGAGGAACAGGCUCGGGGUGCCCUGCGUUUUGCCAAGAUCGGCUUUGAGAUCUUCCUAAGUUCCUUCCAGGGCUUCCUGGUCAGCGUCCUCUACUGCUUCAUCAACAAGGAGGUAGGAAGAGCUCUGGCCCGCCGCCCGCGCCCUCUGGCGGCCGCGCGGGGAACGGCGUCGCCUCUGAGCGCCAUCCUGUUGCAGGUGCAGUCGGAGAUCCGCCGCGCCUGGCACCACUGCCGCCUGCGCCACAGCCUUGGCGAGAAGCAGCGCCAGCUCCCGGAGCGUGCCUCCCGGGCCCUGCCCUCGGGCUCCGGCCCAGGCGAGGUCCCCACUGGCCGCGCCUUGUCCUCAGGGAUCCUCCCAGGGCAUGGGGAUGAGGCCAGCCGGGUGUUGGAAAGUUACUGCUAGGUAGCGGGAUUCCUGAGUCCGUUCCCCCGUUAGCAUGUAUUUAUUGAGUGCCUACUGUGUGCCAGGCCCAGUGUAGGGAACUCUGGGGAAAUGGGGGAGAAGGAAACAGGAAAACAAGGUUCCUGCCCCCCUGGAGAUCACAAUGGGGGCGGGGGAACAGAUGACCACAAACAUCAAGUUACACACAUGCUGUGGAAUGGCUUAUGAAGGGAAAUUGGAAGGGGGGCUAGGGUGGUCUGGGAGGCCAUCUCUCAGGAGGUGACAUUUAAACCAUGCCUGAAAGAGGUGAAAGAGACAACUUUGGUAAGAAUUGGAGGAUAAGAUUCUAGGCAGAAGAAAUAGUAUAUGCAAAGGCCCUGGGGCAGGAAAGAGCUUGGCCUUGGCUGGACUGGGAUAAGUCAAAGCCAAUAGAGAGAGAGAGAGAAGUAGGCAGACGCACAAGAGUUGGGAUUUAAUUCCAGAUGCACUGAAGAUUCUUAGCAGGAAGGUCUCUGGCUAAUGUUUUAAACAGAUGCAUCUGCCUGUCCCAUAAAGCUGUGGUCCCCAGCCCCUGCUCCCAGCCACCCCCCAGCAGGAGGUGAGUGGGCAGCUGAGUGAGGAAAGCUUCAUCUGUAUUUACAGCCAUUCCUCAUCAUUCACCAUCCCCCCAACUCCACCCCCAGUCCAUGGAAAAAUUGUCUUCCGUGAAACCUGUCCCCAGUGCCAAAAAGUUUGGGGACUGCUGCUGUAGGGGAACAGAUUACUAGAGGCAGCAGUAGAAGCUGGGAGCCCAGUAAGGAGGGGGCUGCAGGCAGGAAGUGACAGUGGCUGAACCAGGAUGGAGGGCACCAGGGGUGUGAAGUAGUUGGAUUCUGGAGAUACUUUAAAUUUAAAGGUAGAGAUGCCAGGAUUUUGCUAUGAAUUGCAUGAAGAACGUGCCGCAAAGAGAGAAGUCAAGGAAGCCUCCUUGGUUUGGAAUGGUGCAGAAAGAUGGGGAUAUUGGGCUCAGGGUUGGGAGAACCAAGAGUUCUCUUUGGACAGUUAAGCUGCCAGUGCCUGUAGGAUACCCAAGGGAGCUGGGUAAAAGGGUCUGCAGUUCUUGCGAGAGGUGAGAGCUGCAGCUAGAAAUGCGAGAGUCACUGGGAUCCAGAGACAGGGACUUGGCAUGUAGAUAGAACCACAGGCGUCUCAAGGCAGGCCCUGGAGCUGAAACCUUCCAUCCGGAGUAGCCAGGACCACUACUAACUGGGGAGUGAGGACGCAGGUCUCCUAAGAUGGGUGGCCCCCAGGAACGGGGAGAAUUAGGGGGGAGGCUGAUAGCCCCAUUGUGGCUGGACCACUGGUACACACACAAGACCCUCACUCCUAAAUCCUUCCCCCACAUAAACACACACAGACUCAGUUAGUACCUGGGUGUCAUCAAGUAUUUUCCCUGGGCAGAUGUGCCCAUAGCUGAACUCAGCCUUUCCAAGCUUGGGGCCCUACUCCCACCCACCACCUUGUGGGUUCUGGUGGGUUGGGGGCCUUAGGGCAGGGCCCUUGUAA